AUGGAUGAUCUUCUUAACUUGCCACAAACCCUUCAAGCCCUCUCCCAACAUCAAAAUCAGAAAUGGGUUGAUGGCUUGUUGGAGAAAUCAGUGAGGCUUCUUGAUAUUUGUGGUCUAGCAAGAGACUGCAUCUCUCAGUUGAAAGAACAUUUGAGAGAUCUCCAAUCCUCCCUAAGGAGAAGAAAGGGAGAUUCAAGUACUGAAGAUAGCAUCACCAGAUACUCUUCAUUCCUAAAGAAGAUGAACAAGGAUGCAAAAAAGUCAAUUGCAGCAAUGAAGAAAAUUGAUGAUGAGAUCGAUGGAUCAACACCCUUAGAUGUGCAUCAUGAUAUCUCACCAGUGAUCAGAGCACUAAGAGAAGCAAGUGCAGUGAACACUUCUAUUUUCCAGUUUGUCUUGAUUUUCUUGUCUGUGCCAGUUUUGAAGCCUAAGCCAUCUAGGUGGUCACUUGUUUCAAAAUUGGUACAGAGUGGAAGAGUAGCAAGUGAGUACCAACAUGACAACACUUGCAAUCUGGAGACAUUGGAAGCUCAACUUGAGGCCAUUGAGAAUCAAAUGGAAAGCAUAUUUAGGUGCUUGAUUAAAUUAAGGAGCUCUCUCCUGAACAUCAUCUCUUGCUAA